AUGGCCGCCAUCACGUCUGGAGGUGCUCAUCUGCACCCUCCUCUGGUGCAGCCCAUCAUCUUUUGCGGUCCGGGAAGCAAUCUCUAUCCACUAUGUUCCUCUACUCUCGCCGCUGAUAUCUCCCAAGACACUCGCCCGUCAGACCAGCACGACCUGCCAAAGGCUAUGCUUCCCGUGUUCAAUCGCCCGAUGAUCGCCUAUGCUUUGCAGCAGCUUCUCUCCGCCGGUCUCCGUCAUGCUGUCGUCUUUGCUCCCUCAGAACAUCACUCCAUCAUGACAGCCGCACUCAAGUCUUUGAUCCUCAUUCCGCCAACCCUGAUCCAGUCCGGCAAGAAGCAUGUCUCUUCCACAGCUGCUGCCGCUGCUGCUGCUGCCGUUGAGGAAGCAUCAAAGUACCCCAAUGUCUCGGUAUCGGUUGGUCUGAAUAGCACUUCGGCUGCCUCAACCACACCCGCUGCUUCCAAUCCCUAUCUCUCCGGCAGUUCCUUUGCUGUCUCGUCCAUGCAAAACGAGACUGUCAUGCGUGUCGACCUCUUACCCCUCGGCCCUGAUGACGCCACCAACUCCAAGUCCGAUUCUCGCAUCUCCAGUUCUGCAAGCAAGUACAAAAAGCUUGGUACCGCUGGUCUCAUCACCUGGCUCCAUUCCAUCGGAAGGCUUGAUAAAGACCCUCUCGUCCUUCCCGUUGACCUGAUCACACAGUCCUUCUCCCUCACCGACAUUAUCAAUAGCCACGUAUCUUCCGCGCCAGACUCGCCUGCAUUGACUUGCCUCAUGUACGAACGAGGUGCAGGCGAAGGUACGGGCAAAGAACGCGAAAAGGACGGACCGCCUAAGCUCUUCAGCGCCUACGAUCGCGCUUCAUUGAAAACCAGCAGUUUGUCUACAUCGGACAGCAACGAGCAUUGCACCACCCAUCAGCUUCUUCUCCUGCAGGAUUCCGACGACAUCUCGGACAUCGACUCUUCCGACCUUCACCUCCGCAUGUCGCUCUUGUGGUCCCACCCUCACGUUCGCAUAUCCACCUCCCUUCUCGAUUCACACGUCUACCUCUUCAGUCUUCAAAGGCUUCUCGGCCUUCUCAGCUCUGAAGCUGGUCAAAAAAUGAAGAGCCUCCGCGAAGAGGUCGUUCCUUUCAUGGUCAAGUGCAGCUGGAUGGUGGGUCUCCGUGAAAAAGCUGGCUGGACCGACCAGGCGUCCAAUGUUACGUCUUUCCCAGAGCAACCGUCGUUCUGGAACACCAAGUCGAACAAGGACAAUGUCGCCAACCACCUCAGAUCGAGCACCUUUGUCGACUCCGAGCUCCUUCAGGUAGGCUCAUCCAUACGACCUGCCCUUGACAAGAUCGACUCUCGCUCUUCGCCGCUCUUCAGCCCUGGCCGUUCUCGACUUUUGUCACCCUCCGCUCACCCCGAAGCUGGAGGCCGUGCAGCCAGCUUGCUGAAGCAGACUCGCGCAUCAGCAAAGAUUGCUGCUAAUCAGACCAGGGUGAACGCCCUUGUCUUCCGACUCUCGACAGAGAGGAAGCAUCCUGUUGACCCUUCCGUUUCGAUCGAAGAGCUACGAGAGAGGAGAGAAGAUGCCAAAUUCGAACCCUUCAUCGCACGAGCCAACACCGUUCCUACCUAUCUGGAAUGCAAUCGAUAUCUACUGCGCAGCUUAGCCGGUGGGUCUGCCGGUCAAUCAGGCAAUUCAGCCUCACAUAAUGUGACCGCCGCCUCUCUACCAUCUUCGGCGCUGUCACACCCUCUUCCCAAUCAGUCGCUGCCGGCUCCCGCGGUCUCCGCUCAAGCAGCAGCUGAUUCGACUUCUUCCCAGGCUCCACAGGAUGCAGUUAAGGGUUUCGCGGUUGCACCCUUGAUCGACACCAAAUCACAAAUCUCUUCCGAUUCCUUGGUCGAAAGUUACACACGAGUCGGCGAACGCACCACCAUCAAACGUAGUGUCAUCGGACGCGGAUGUGCUAUUGGCAAGAAUGUUAAGCUUACAGGUCUUGUUGUUAUGGACGGCGUCAGGAUCGGCGACAAUGCCAAGCUCGAAAACUGCAUUCUUGCAGCUGGCUCCACCGUGGAAGAGAAGUGCAACCUCAAGGAUUGCGAUGUCGCUGCCUCAGUCAGAGUACCUGCAGGCACAAAUACCAAGGGUGAGAAGUUCGACGAGUGA